GGAUAACAUUGUGUUCUUACACUCAAGUAUUUGAAGAUUUUAAAUAUUUCUAAAAAAAAAGAAUCACACAAAAAUUAAAACUUGUCAACGGUUCAACUUGAAACAGACGAAGAAUGAGUGUAAAUCGUUUAAGAACAACUAGGAGACGAUCCAGAAGAAGAAGUUCUGAUCCUUUGAAUGUAGAAAAUCCUGAUGAUAGAGACAGAAAUACAACAUGUAUAGAUUUAACUGAAGAUGAACCAGAAAUAAUAGAUCUGACCAAUUCCUUAAGAUUAUCACCUUCUAUGGUUCCAGUGAUCCUGCCAUUAUCACCAGAAGAUGAAGAAAGAAUUAGGAGUAGGAAUAGUCGAAGACAAUCCAGAAGUAACAGAAGAAUAGAUCGUUCUUUAGAAAUAAUUUCCACACCAGAAACGAGACCACAUAGAAAUCGUAGAUCAAGAUCAGAUAUCGAUUUGAAUGAUCAUUCGUCCAAUUUGACAUCUUUAGAAAUAGUGGAUGUGACAUCAGAACCAUCUUCUGGAUCAUCUGUAGUAGAAUCUGAUAUUAUAACCUCACCUACACCUGUUAAAAUAACAUGUCCUAUCUGUAUGGAUGAUGAUAGACAGAUUAAGAGAUCAGGGAGACAGUUAACAUCAACAGUUUGUGGUCAUAUUUUCUGUAGUACCUGUAUUAAACAAUCACUUAGAUCAUUUCAUACCUGUCCUUCAUGUAGAAAAUCUUUACGUGUCAAUCAGAUACAUCCUAUAUUCCUGUGAUAUUUAUACACUUGUACAUUUGGGACAUUCCCUUUAACACCUGCUACAUGGAAACAUGGACUUCCCCAGUUACUUCAAAAAUUAGAAAAACGUUGAACUUUUUACUUUGAGUUCUUUAGCUGAUUUUUGAAACCGCCUGAAACUACUGCUCCUUGGCCUUUGUCAGAGAACUAGUAUACUGUCCCUAAAUAGCUGUUCUCUUGCCUUGGGUGGUGUGAGGGGCUAGAGGGAUCAGGGGGUUUUGGUUAUCCAGGUGCUAAAGGGUUGAGAAUAUUUUCAUUGACGGGCUGGAAGUUUGACAUGGACAUGUACAGUAUCUUUAAUAUAUCUUGAAUUUUUUUGUAAAGUUUUUGUCAAUAAGGAUUCUGGUGCCCACUUAAAUAUAAUUAUUGUCUUUGGACAAUGCUAGCUUUUCAUGUACAUUAUCCAAAAUUAGAUAUGUUUGAGUGUGAAUGAGUAACUGUAGCAAUUAAAAUGUUGAGUACCAUUGACUAUUCUGUUUUUAAACGCACAUGAAAUGCAAUGUAAAAACGUAAAAUUGGUGCAGUUUUGGUAGAUUGGUAUCUGGGUAGGGCACGAUAAUGCACGAUAUGAUCGAUGGCCGUACCGCGAUUUGUUAUCCAAAUAAUAAUUUCACAAAAAUAGGCUGAUAUUCCUUUAAAUGCAUAAAUAAGUCCAUGAGCAAAAUGAGAGAUUUGUGAAAAUAUUACUGUAUAAGAAUGGUGAUUUGUAGAUGCUGCAUACAUUGAUCAGCACAUUAUCAAUGUAUAUUAAUAUUUGAUUUUAAAAUCUUCCCAACAUCAUUUCCUUUGCUGUUCGGUAAUGUAUGACUGGGAAAGCUUUUUAUUGGCUAAAAUUGUGGUGGCAAUACGAACCAGCCACUUGAAAUUUUUAUAUGCCCAUAUUUUCAUAUGGACGUAUAUUGCCGUCGCCCCUGUCGGUCCGUCCACAAUUGUUUGUGAAUUGUGGCCCCUGAUUGUAUGGAAAAUCACGUUUUUAGCUUGUGGACCCAAUAGAGGUCAUAAUUUUUAUCCGAUUUAAUAAACCGUUUAAAUAUAUCACCGUUACACCCUAAGGGUGGUUGAGUGUAAAUUUCGUAAAAAUAGGACCAAAACUGACAGACAGAAUGGCCGCUCCUCGUACUCAAAUAGCAUAAAAAUAUGAUAUAUCAAGGUUGUGGACUCUCUAGGGGUCACAAUUUUCUUCUGAUUUUGAUGAAACUUGAAAUGUAAGUUUAUAACCCAAAGAUCUCGGUUCCUUUUGAUAUUCGCACAUAUCGGACCGUAACUUCCUGAAUUAUGGCCCCUGAUUGUACGACAAAUCGCUUUUUCGUUAGCUUGUUCUCUAUCCAUCUCUUGCAAAAUGUGGGCGUAUGCUGCCUGGCAGCCGCUGGUUUCAUAAUGAAAUCACCAAAUUCAAGUCACAUGAUCGACAAAAGCACUAUUGAGAUCGAAAUCCCCCAUACCAAGUAUAUAAGUCACAAGUAAAGUAUGGGAGUUUUUAGGAUUUCUCGUUAAGCAUGACAGCAAUAAAAUCCGGUCAAGGUAAAUCAUAAAAAUAGGCCUUCGAAUUUUCACAGUAAAACACUGUCAAAAUUUAACAGCAUUCUUUAAAUUUGUUUCCUAUAUCGCGAUAUUAAUCGUAUCGUAGACUAUGAAUCAUGAUGCGCAUCGUAUCAUGGCCUGAUAUAUCGUUGCAGCCCUAUAUCUGGGGGAUUGUAUUUGAAAGUUGCCAGUAAUGAAGAAAAACAGGAUUCAGAUUCAUUUCUAUCUAACACAGCCUGUCAAAUCAUUGACCCAUGUGAUGAAAAUUUACAACAAAAAUAGUUGAGAUUGAUCAAUCAUUAGGACUCUCCAUUAUUGGCUUAUUGAAAUAAAAUUGAAAGUUUUUGUUAGAAUAUAUUUCCUAUCAUUUGAACUGAAGAUAACAAAAGAAUGGGUUCUAUUUUCAAUUUUCAGAGAAAUAAUUUUUGUGAUAUUUACUAAAAAGCUUUGUGUGUCUAUAUACAUACACACAAAGCUUUUAAUACGCCCAUAUUGGAAAUGUGGUUGUAUAUUGCCUUCGCCCCCGCCCGUACGUCCACAAUUUCUUGUGAACACUCAACAGACUACAUUUAUUAUCUGAUUGUUUUGAAAUUGAUAUAUGUUUUUGAUAUUAGUGAGAUGAAGAAGCCUAUUGAUUUUCAGCAAUUUCCGAUAAUUACUGCCAGAGUUAUGGCCUUUGAUCACUUUGAAUAUCUUGUGGACGCUCUGGAGGCUAAAGUUAAUAUCCGAUUGACUUUAGAUUUAUACACAGUAUCUAAGGUCAUGAGAUGAAGAAGCCUAUUGAUUUUCAACCAUUUCCAAUAAUUACUGCUAGAGUUAUGGUCCUUGAUCACUUCAAAAAAUCUUGUGGAUGCUCUAGAGGCUAAAGUUAUCAUCCGAUUGACUUUAGAUUGAUACACAGAGUUUAAGGUCUUGAGACGAACAAGUUUAUUGAUUUUUAAUGCAUUUUGAUAAUUUGAACAGCUAAACCCAUGAUAUUAAAUGUAUCAUAUACUAAACAUUAGCAUGGAGGAGAACUUUAUAAAAGCCAAACAAAUUCUAAUGAUUUUCUGAUAAUUAUUUAAUGAGUUAUUACUCUUAAUCAGAUUUUAAUGUAUUAUAAAUGUUUCAUUACCCCCCCAAAAAAAUAUGCGACAACUGUUGUUGACUGCCCGGGCGAUUUAGCUGCUGUGGGCGUAUAUUUCGUUGCCUGGCAACCUAUCUUUAAUAAAUGUUACAAAAUUAUUUCUCUGAGAGAUUUUGACACGUUAUUAUAUGUGUUAAAUAUUGAAAUUAAAUUAAUGAUUAUGUUUAUAUGAAUAAUGUUUAUUUGAAUAAUGAUUAUGUUUGUAUGAAUGAUGAUUAUUUUUAUAUGAAUAAUGUUUAUGUUUAUGUUGAUAUGGAUAAUGAUCAUGUUAAUAUGAAUAAUGAUCAUGUUAAUAUGAAUAAUGAUCAUGUUUAUAUAAAUUAAUGAUCAUGUUUGUAAUUUUAUUGUUCUAAAAAGUGGAUAAUGCAAAAGUUUUACAACUUAGAACGCAUCAUGUUUGUAUAAAUAAUGAUUAUGUUUAUAUGAAUUGACGGUUGUUUUAUGAAAAAUGAUUAUGUUUAUAUCAAACAUGAUUAUGUUUGAGAUUUAUUUGUUAAUAAUGAUUUUGUUGAAAAUAAUUGGUCUUUUAUAGAUAUUAGUAACAGUAGUGUACAAAUCGAAUACUCCAAAAUGGUGCAUUUGCUUCUAGAAUAAGGGUGUGACGACUAAGCAAAACUUGAACCGGUUAGUCGGCGUCUAAAAAACCGAACCGAUUCGGUUUAGUCGGUAAUGAAAACUAACUGAAAAAUAUUAGUCUUCCAUAGUCUACAAUACACGCUAAUAUACUGGCCUUUAUAUACGGAGCUUAAAACUGUAAUGGCGACAAACAUACAGUUCUAUGUUUUAUGUGUCCAGUACAUUAAAAAAUUUGGUUUUGUUUGUACUAUGUAGUUUGUUCAAAUCUCCUGUUUAACCUUUUUAAUAAAAGUAAUAAAUACAACAUAUAAAAAACUUCAAACAAUGAUGUAUUGAUCAAUAAUAUUAGUGAAAUCGUAUCUGGGCAUCAGCUCAGUGAUCAUGCCUAUUGACCUAACCUGGAGGAUUGCUUGUUUCUGAUUGGGCACUUCAACCAUUGACCUUAGCGACCGACCAAUCAAAUAACGUAUUCUUAAAAUAACUUCAUUAGGUAUGCAAAAACACACUCGCUUGUAAUCGCGAGAAUAUCCACGACCGAUUACGGAAUAUAGUAUAUACUGUCUCGUUAUUAUUAUUGUCGACCAUUUAUCAAUGAUCUAGCUUAUUGCUUAUUCGCCCCCAUAAUUGUCGAUCGUUAAUACAUGUAUCUUUUAAAAAAAAAACAUGUUAUAAUAUUCGGGCGACUGGUUUAUAUCAAUCUGUAUUUUUUAGACGACUAUCGAUUUCCCGAAACUUGAACCGGUUUGUAGGUAAAACCAAACCGACUCCGACUAAACCGACUAAUCGUCACACCCUUAUUCUAGAAAGAGUUAUUUAACUAUCAAAUGUAUAAUUAGAUUAUUAUUUAUAGCCUUAAAGAAUAAAUACAUUUCAGUGUAUCAUCAUUAAACCAUUAACUAUCUCCGACUCUAUGUUGUAGUAGCAGUACUGGACCACAUCUAUACAAGAUUUUUAUUUAGACGUUGUAAUUUAGAAAUUUGAAAUUGUGCUGAUUAGUAUUUAUUAUUUAUGUUUGUAUUGGAAUGGAACGUUUUCAUAUUUGUCUGUUUAUUUUUAUGUAUAGUGGAAAUUAUUUAUGUUGAAAUUAUCAAACAUUAAAAUUUAUGGGAUAUAUAUAUAUAUAUAUGUAAUUACAUUUAUAGAGAAAACAUGUCUUACGCUGCUCAGAUCUUACUAAUAUUUUGGGCCAUAUGUGUCUUAUUAAAGAUGCAUUAUGUAAGAGCUAAAUAUGUCUAUUGCAGGUCUUUAUUUUGGCUUUAAAUAUUAUAUAAACUAUUAUACCUAUAAUCAACUCUCUAGACACACGGAUGGCUGAGAUUUAAACAGAUUGAAACCUGGUUGCCAUUCUAUUAUUUAAUUUGAAAAUUGUGAAUCGAUUACCAUUGCUACGAUAAUUCACAAUCUAUGUAACAUCUUGUCAUAACUUCAAACAGUGAUAACUUCUUUCAGAAUAAAGUAAUUAGAAUGAAAUUUUCAAUAUAAUCAUUUUUCAUUAUCUUUUUUUAAACUAUUAUAGUAAGAAUGACCAGCUCUUUAUCUAAAUCUUACAUAAUACAUCUUUAACCAAUGAUUAUUUUUACAUUGACCUGAUUGAAGAUACAUAACACCAUGUUAUUUUAUCUAGGUAUUGCUAUUGCCUAUUUUCUUAUUUAUUCUAAGUUCAUGGAUAUGGUAAUCAUUUGAUGAUUUAAUAACAAUUUCAUUAGGAGAUGAUUGUACCACCAAUGGCUUGCCAGAUAUAUUGGAAAAUAUCCUGAUAAUGCCCACAAGCUAAUUUGACUUCUGCAUUUAUGGACCAUUAAUUUGGUCAGUGGACCUACUAUUGUGUUUUAUUGUCUUCUCUGUCUUCAUUAGCUCAGUUGGUGCAGAAAAGUAGGAUGUUAAAUCCUGUUUCAUUUAUUUAUAGUACUGUACAUACAUGUAGUCUUUAGACUGAUAUCUGUUUAUUUGUAUUAAUAUGAAGAGAAAUCAUUAUGUUGACCGAUACGCAAAUCUUACUAACUCUUGAAUAAACAUAAUGUUCUGUAUUUUUCAGAGAAAUAUGUUAUGCCAUUCUUGUGCUACUAUCAGUUUAAUUUACUUUUUGUCCCCCACCAUACAAAGAAAGCAGGGGACUAUUAGAAUGGGAUACCAUCAAUCUAUUCAUCUGUCACACUUGGAACCCAAUAAACCUGCUUCUAAUUGAG